UGGUGUAGGGUUUCCUGCCUGAGCAGGGGGUUGGACUUGAUGACCUCCAAGAUCCCUUCCAAUUUUAUUACUAUUAUUACAUUCAAAGCCCAGGCUUAUGCAGAAUCGCAUUGUUCGUUCUACAGCAUUGAAACAUUUUUUUUUCCUUUUUUGUAUGAUCUCUCUUUCAUUCAGACACUUUCAUUAUUUCUUGUGGAGAAAUUCUAGAAAGAAAGAAAUCCAGUUGCCUCUUUACAGAAAAAAAAAAAAUCAGACCAAAUGCUCAAUAAAUAGAAGAGCUGUUCCCUGCUUUCCAAUUCCUGCUUUUUUAGCUCACCACUCAUUCAAGGAGGGCAGCCCUUCCAUUUUCAUCAUGUCCCUAACUCGCCUUUGCACAGCUCCAGGCUACCACCCAGGACUCUGGUUAUGCUAACGGCUUGAUUCUGCCACUUUCCAGGAGUUGCACAAGCCUGGUAUUGAAUUGCUGAGCCUUUCAGGGUCUUAAGACACAAACCAAGCCUCCUGUCAACAGAUGUUCUUCUUUACCCUGCUCUUCAAGGCCAAGAUCUAACUUUGUCUUUAGUUUCUGAGCAAUUUUGGAAAUCAUGCUGCUAUGGUUAGAUAAUAUCCGGCCUUUCCUCCACCAUAAGGGAAAUCUGCCUUCACAAUAAUUUACUUAAUGCUCCCCCCACUCCAUUCCAUUCCACUCCAGUCUAUCAAGCAGGCCAGCCUUGUGGCUAGCCUGUUGUUCUAGCUUGCUGGAUAGCAGACAGCCCUGAUGGUUGUCCCUUCUGUCAACAUCCUUGCUGGCAUCCUGGGAAAAUGUCUUGGUGCCAGGCAGGCCCACCUCCCUGGCGAUGAAGAGAUUAAGGGUUGCUGCUUUCCUUUUUAAAGCGUCUGGCCCCAUCGCCUUCAUUUCAUUCUGCGGCAGAGGGAGGCUUCUACAGAGUCUUUGCUUACCCACCCUCAGCGGAGAUGGAGUGGGCUCCAAAGCUGUUGCUUUUCUGCGCUCUCUGCCUCUCCUUGGCCCUGGAGGCUGCCCCUGAAUCGAAAGAGCAAAGCCGAGGAAUAAAAGGAAGAAGGAGAGGCUCAGCCAAAGUCAGGGAACAACAUCUGCGGGCACAGGAAUCCUCACCUGACCCUGUGCUGAGGGUAAAUCUGGGGGCCCUCACCGAGUACACCUUCGUGGAGGAUUAUGAGCGGAGCAUUCAGGAGAUGGUUAACCAGCUGCAAAAUAGCUCUGAGCUGCUGGACAGUAAAUGCCAGGUCAAUCUGAGACUCUGGAUGUCGAACAAGAGGAGUUUGUCUCCAUGGGCCUAUAGGAUAAACCAUGAUGCAUCCCGGCUUCCAGCUGACAUCCCAGAGGCACAUUGUCUGUGCGCAGGUUGCAUCAAUCCCUUCACCAUGCAGGAGGACCGCACCAUGGUCAGCAUUCCAAUCUAUAGCAAAAUCCCAGUGCGACGGAUGCUGUGUGAGCCAAGUAAGUCUCACAGGAAGAAGAAAAGGUGCCACAGAGAGUAUAAGAUGGUUAUGGAGACCAUUGCGGUGGGAUGCACUUGCAUCUUCUGAGGACUCAGGAGGAAGGGACUUCCUGUUCUUAUGGAUGAAGUACUAUAUCUUUGCUCUUCUAAACUGCUCUGUCCUUUUGACAAAUGAGGAAACACCAAUGUAUUUUAGAUACUUGCUCAGCUCCCAUCUCUGUAUUACCUUCAAGAAGGCUGGCAAUGUAUAUCCAGCAGGCAAAUUACUUAUUAUGUGCCUCAGUAAUGCUUUAAGUCAGGCUACUUCCUCACUUAAAGAGCACUUGUUAUGAUGCUAUAACCACAGUUCCCACUUUCACUUUUUUUCUUAUCUGGCAUCCUUGUUUGCUUAGGAAUGUAGAGAAAAAGCAGAAGAAAGAUUAUUGGUUAAAAUGUCUAUCUAUUUUCAGGCCUUCAGACUGUUUGGUGAGAAUUUAGUUAUAAAGUUGAGUUUGGGCCAAACCUUUAGAGAUGAAUCAAUAUCUUGACCAGUUAUGUCACUGUUUGUAGGUAUGUUCAAGUCAGUCUUAAUUCCUCCUGGCAACUACCUGGACCAUUCCAUGCAGUUUUUCUUGGCAAGAUUUUCCUAAGUGGCUUGCCAUUACAUUAUUCCUAGCAUGACUGACUCAAAGUCAUCCAGUUGGCUUCAUACAUUCAGAAAACACCUUUCAGAGCAUCCUUUUUAGACAGUACUGGGACCCUGAGUAUAGAACAAUUUGGCAGAACUAACUAGCUGGCUUCACACUUUGUAGAUAAGAGUUCACGUCUGAUUACCAAACCAUACUUGAUUGGAUCUACACAAAACAUAAGCCCCACCUCACUGUGGUUAGCACAAUGAGAACUUACUUCUCAACAGUUUAACAGUGCUCCAUUGCCUCUCAGAUCACAGCAGAGAAUGAGUCUAAGAGGCUCUUUAAAUCAAGAUUGGCAGGCUACUAUUCACCUUAUGAUGGCGAACCUUUUAGAGACUGAUGGCGAACCUUUUAGAGACUGAGUGCCCAAACUGCAACCCAAAACCCACUUAUGCAUCGAGUGCUGGGUGGGUGUGGCCAUUG